AUGAGGGCUCUCCACGAGCAACAUCAGCUCGGCAACCUGGACGAAGAAGCUCCUCCCUCGCGCGCUGACCGCUUCGGAUCUGGCCCAUGGCCACCUACAGCUACGCCGUUCACCCCAAUCACCCUGUUCGCUAACGAAGCGGGUAUUUCAGGUAAGGACGUUGAGCUUGGUUGGCACGCACUAUCCGGAGAACAAAAGGUAACGUGCCGUGCUUGUUCGGAGAUGCUACGAUGUGAGACUGGGGCUCAGCAUGAGACAGCUCUAGCCGAAUGGCCGGCAGCUUUUGCUCUUCCAUUUGCAGGAGAGCAUCAGCAACAAGGGAGGAACUUGGCAGGGCUUGCGAGCCGUGGAGAGAGGCUUCCUGGCGUGCCUGCGCGCCUGGGAAUGAUCACCGGGCUGAGCGUGUUUCGCGAUGAGCAAGAAAAUGACUGGCAGGAAGUGUUGAGACGGUGGGAAGCUCUACCUGAAGAGGAGAGACAUGCGUAUGAGGCGAGGGCUGCGACGGAUAACGCUGCUACGAGAGCUACUUUUGAUGAAGGGAGAGUAUCCCUCGUUGAUGCAUCUAUCCGCGAAACUUCAUUCCUGCCCAUUUGCCACAAGAAUGCGGCCACCAUCAAUGCAUAA